GGUCUAGUACGCUCAGUAUAAACAUUUUCAAUGGUUGGCUCUUCCUUUAGCCAAUACUAAAAUUUUUAUUGCAUAUAUACCUGUUUCAGGGGAAAAUAGAUGCUUGCUCUGAAAUAGCCUACUAUGGGAAUUUCAUUCGGGCGUGAAUGGGGAAAUAACGCUCAUCUCAAGACAAGGGGCAUCAACUGUCUCGGUCGGUUGCGCACAAUUUUCUACUGCUCGGUGACAGUGCACGGUGAUCGGUAACGUAAAUUGCGUGUGGAGGCCCCUGAAAUGAUCCUGUCUGUCCUAUCCUGUCCGGUCCCAUUUGCCGUUUUUCUGCUGGGGCUUUGGUGCUGUGUGAUUCCUGGAACGGCACAUACAGAUAAUGUGUGUGUAUGCAAUGGGGUGUCCCAGUGUCAUUGCGACGGGGUAAAAGGAAACAAGGGUGAGAUGGGAUACCCGGGAUUUGGUGGUCCUCCAGGAGAACAUGGUUUCCCAGGACUAGAAGGUCGUUCUGGACCAGUAGGCCCAAAGGGAGACAUGGGCUUUCAUGGACAUCCAGGACCUAAAGGCACACAGGGACGUGAUGGGGAGCCAGGAUUCUCUGGAGCACCAGGGCUGCCAGGCACCCCUGGAAAUGCAGGACCCAUGGGACGUCCCGGAGCCCCAGGAUGCAAUGGGACAAAAGGUGACAGGGGAUAUCCGGGAUAUGCUGGAGUGCCUGGGCUAGUUGGACGACCAGGUUUAGAUGGUGAACCUGGACCCAAGGGGGACACCAGAUAUAUACCAUAUCAAGUGGAGACGAAAGGAGAACGUGGCCUACCAGGACCAUAUGGUGUGAAGGGCCUGCCAGGGUCAUCCGGCCAGGCUGGCACUCCAGGACCCAUGGGGCCACCUGGUAUGCCGGGGUCACCAGGGUUCCCUGGUCUGCAAGGUGAGAAGGGUAAGGAGGGGUCGAGAAGUGACGCGGGGCCACAAGGUCGGCCGGGAUACAGAGGCCCCCCUGGGCCACCUGGUGAAAAAGGACUGAAGUUAUAUCUGCUGCUUGGACCAGAAGACCUGAAGGGGUUGCCAGGCGCUCCAGGAGAAAAGGGUUAUCCAGGGCUACCUGGUCGUCCUGGAUACAUAUAUAACGCAGUGAAUGGCGACCAAGGAGAUCCUGGCCCUGAGGGAAAACCUGGGAAGUUUGGAAAUCCAGGAUAUGGUGGCAUACAGGGGGACAAAGGAAAAACUGGCAACCCUGGGCCUCCGGGAAUCACAGGUGCAAAGGGAGAAAAAGGAGACAGAGGUCCUUUUGGCCUGCCAGGGGAAGUGAUAUUCGGACAUCCCAUCAAAGGUCAGCAGGGAGUACCCGGCCCACCAGGGCCCCAUGGCCAAAAAGGUGACCCAGGUGUGGGUGGUUUCCCUGGACCACCUGGCACACCAGCAAAAGCUAUCCCUAGUCAUCCGGGGACCCCUGGUCCCCCUGGCUUUCCUGGCCUGAAGGGGGAGGCAGGUGACCCUGGCCCUUACGUCAGCGGCCCGCCUGGACCGAGUGGGUUUCCUGGACCACCUGGUGCCCCGGGAGAUCAAGGGCCUCCUGGAAGGCAAGAUGAAAAGGCCCGCCCGGGCCCCCCCGGACCACGGGGCUUCAAAGGCCCUGAAGGGCCCCAAGGAACGCCUGGUGUAACCGGACUUCCUGGGGAGAAGGGUGAUGGCUGCAUAGUGUGUGGGCCACCUAAUGGGCCAGAAGGCCCCCCAGGCCCCCCCGGGCCACCUGGACCGGACGGUGGAGAAGGAGAUCCAGGGACUAAAGGGAUACAAGGAAACAAAGGUCCGAAGGGUCUAUUCGGUCCUCCAGGACCCAAUGGUGAUCCAGGACAAAGUGGCCCUCCAGGACCCAAGGGGACCAAAGGCUGCCGCAGUGAGACUGGAGAGAAGGGGGAGGCUGGAGUGCUAGGACCGGCUGGGGAUCCAGGCAAGAGUGGCAAGAAUGGGCCCCCUGGAGACCCAGGACCAAAGGGUUGGCAGGGUGCGAAGGGAGAUAUGGGAAGACCUGGGCAAAAAGGAGAGCCUGGCCCCCCUGGGCUCUCUGGAUUCCCAGGAGGUCCAGGGCCAAUUGGGGGACAGGGUCCCCCUGGCAUAGGGCCAGAAGGUCCUCCAGGACCAAAGGGAAAUAUUGGGGAUCCAGGUCUUCGAGGGAGGCCUGGAUAUGCAGGAGAGAAAGGGUCAGCAGGCACGACGAAGGGCACCCCUGGUGAUCCGGGCCCUAGCGGGGAGAUGGGCGUAUCAGGCUAUCACGGGCCACCAGGUGAUCCUGGCCCCCUGGGAUUCAGAGGUAUGCCUGGGGUUUUUGGUAAGAAGGGCGACAGCGGUCCUGUCCAGCCGGGUCCCCCUGGAGUCACAGGGGACAAAGGUGACAAAGGCCCGCCAGGGAUGCCAGGAGCUGUGAGUGUGGGUCCCCCGGGAAGAAAAGGGCCAAUCGGAGCCCGUGGGAUCCCAGGGCCAAAGGGUGAAAUUAGAUUUGGGAACCCUGGGCCAACAGGCAGGCAAGGGUCCCCAGGGGAAGAAGGUGCCCUUGGGCCUUCAGGCAACAGGGGGCAACCGGGUCUGCCUGGACCUCCUGGACCCCCUGGGGCAGAGGGACCUGCUGGGGAAAAAGGUUCCCCAGGUCUUGCGGGUCAGUUGGGUCCACCAGGUGAUGCCGGGACCUGUGAACGCAGCUGUAAAGGCUCAAAGGGUCCACUGGGCCAGAAAGGCCGCAAGGGUGGCACUGGUCUCAAAGGGCCAAAAGGAAGGAAGGGGGACGCGGGUGAGCCAGGGCUGGGCUUUGAAGGCAUGGUAGGCAGGAUGGGACCUCCAGGGAGUAAUGGAACUGAUGGAACAGCAGGGCCUGCGGGACUAAAGGGCUUCAGAGGACAAGAUGGCUUCCCUGGAGCAUCAGGCCCUAGGGGAGAGCCAGGCAUCCCAGGGCCCUUUGGCCCGCCUGGGCCGAUUGGCCCCCCAGGAAUCAAAGGCCGAGCUGGCUGCAAAGGGUCCAUGGGUACUGAUGGAUCGAACGGUGAGAAUGGUUUCAAAGGACCUGUGGGGGAGCCAGGAUGCCAAGGCGAUAAAGGACCCACUACUCCCGUCCAGGUCAAAGGCCCUCCAGGGCAUUCUGGGCCACCAGGUCCACAGGGGCCCACAGGCACUGACGGGGAUCCAGGAGACCAAGGACUUGAUGGGUCUUAUGGAAAAAAUGGGGUCACAGGAAGUUCUGGUCCACCAGGGCCUCAUGGUGAUCCAGGUCCUGAUGGAAUCCCUGGAGGUUCGGGUUUCCCUGGUAGCCCUGGCUGCCAAGGCACCAAUGGCUUUCCUGGUCCGAAAGGAGAGAAGGGGGCUGAUGGCUGUCCUGGGAAACCUGGGCCAAGUGGAAAGCCAGGCCAAAAUGGAGCCCCAGGGCAGAAAGGUGAACCAAAAUUUGGGCAUGGUCCCAAAGGACGGCCUGGAGAAAAGGGUACACCAGGCACCCCAGGGCGAAUAGGAGAGAAGGGGCACAGAGGUGUUUUGGGUGGCAUGGGACCUAAGGGUUACCUUGGUGCUCCUGGAACCAAAGGAGACCCGGGAUUCCCAGGGUAUCCAGGACUCCCAGGGCCUCUGGGGGGCAAGGGCUCUGAUGGGCCCCGAGGAAUCCCUGGCGCUCCUGGCUCCACAGGCCCUCCAGGAAACACAGGUAGUGCUGGAGCUCCUGGCCAGCCUGGCAGCAAGGGAAACCAAGGCCGGGAUGGGAUCCCAGGCCAUGUGGGAGAGAAGGGAUGCAUGGGGGCAACAACAAUAGGGGAGCCAGGCAAAAAAGGGUCAAAGGGCGCAACAGGUGUGAGAGGAGAGCCUGGAGAUCCUGGCCCCUUUGGGCCCCCUGGUCCCAGAGGUCCCCUGGGAGACAAAGGGCGCUGUGGCCCCCCGGGGCCCCUUGGCAGCCCUGGCCUUCAGGGGAAAGACGGGAUGUGCAUUAGCGGGAGUAAAGGAGACCGUGGGCGGAUGGGCAGUGUGGGGAGACCAGGGCUGAAAGGCCCCCAAGGCCCCCCAGGACCCCCAGGGACAGGGGGGAAAGGAGAUAAGGGGGAUCCAGGUGCCCCGGGGCUGAGGGGGGUGCCUGGUGAACGAGGGGACUCUGGUGACCCUGGGACGCAUGGGGAAGAUAGGAAAAAUGGACGCAAAGGGGCCAAAGGUGAAUCUGGGACUUUAGGGGUAACAGGACCACAAGGUGAGGAUGGAGAACGUGGGCCGGGGGGGCCGUGUGGAAAUCCUGGGAAAAAGGGGCUUUCAGGCCCCCCAGGACCAGCGGGUAGCCCUUUCUUUGUGGAGGUUGUCAUCAUCCCAGGGGACCCGGGUGACCCAGGGCCUGAAGGGCUGCCUGGGGAACGGGGCCCCCCAGGGGAGGCAGGCCCAAUAGGAUUCCCAGGACCCCAGGGUCCUAAAGGUCCCUCUGGCCCAAAAGGGGAUCAUGGCCCCCCAGGGCACCUGGGACCGAAGGGUGACAGAGGGUACUCAGGACAGCUAGGGCUGAAGGGCUUUUUAGGGCCCACCGGUCGUAAAGGUGUGAAGGGGACCCCAGGUGGCUGGCGCCCAGACGGGAGCGACAGCUUCCUGUUCACCCGGCACAGCCAGGAGCAGCACGUGCCCCAGUGUCCCGCAGGGAGCAGCUUCCUCUACUCCGGCUACUCCCUCAUCUACAUCAACGGCAACAGCAGAGGCCACGGGCAAGAUCUGGGAACUCUGGGAAGCUGCCUGCUGCGUUUCUCCACCAUGCCUUUUCUGUACUGCAACCCCGACAACACCUGUCACUACGCCGCCCGCAAUGACUACUCCUAUUGGCUGUCCACUGAAGAACAGGUGGACGUUGACACGGCUCUCAUCCCUGCUGAAUCAGUGGAGAGAUACAUCAGCAGGUGUUCGGUGUGUGAAGCCAGUGCCAAUUUAAUCCCCAUUCACAGCCAGACGAAUGAGAUUCCUGAAUGCCCCUAUGGGUGGCAGUCUCUGUGGACAGGAUACUCCUUCUUCAUGCAAACAGGCGCGGGGGCUGAGGGCUCUAGCCAGCCACUGUCUUCCCCAGGCUCCUGUCUGGAGAAAUUCACCAAAGUCCCUUCGCUGGAGUGCCACGGGCGUGGAACCUGCAACUACUACAGGGGCUCAUACAGUUACUGGCUGGCCUCUCUCGACCCCCACGACAUGUUCAGCCCUCCUGUCCCGCGGUCACAGACGGGGCGUGGCCCAGGGAGCCUCAUCAGCCGCUGUCGCGUGUGCAUGAAGCAGUGACCACGGCGAAGUGGCCGAACCCCGGAGGGGUCGCCAGACUGACCCGUCCACUGUGGACGGCAGACUUUACCCACGGUGCUUACCGCGAGUGAGGCGCAUCACUACCCGCGCCCUUUCGGGUUUCCUACAGUAUUGUUUUGUCGCUGAUCCUUUCUCAGUCUUUACAGAUGGCCACAAUCCUUUUCUUUUCAAUGAACAUUUCCGGCGGUUGUUUAAUUUCGCGACGUAAUCUUGAAACGAGCAAAACAAACGUGGUGCUAACUGAUUUUUAUUUUUAAACAGAUCUUUGGGCCAGCUAUUCAAAAACAGUGUUAAAUCAACAAUCAACUAAGACUACUUAUGUAAAAGGUGUAAUUUUCCAUUGUUUUGUUUGUUUGUCUUGUUUUGUUGCAGUCAGCAACACACAUAUCACAGAACACAAUCAACUCAUGACCUGAUCAAAUUCUAUUUUAAUUUUCAGUUUUUGUAGUAGCAAUCUACACCGAAAUUAGCUUGAUGUGUUCCUGUAAGUUAUAAAAUGUAAUGUAGCUAGAAUUUAAAAAUCAUUCCAAUCUCAGCUAACUGGUCAUCCAAUUUAUCAUUGUGAUUACAAUUAAGUCUUUCCCCAGCAUCUCAUAGACAUGACUGAAAAAGGCUUUAUCAAUUAACUAUGGGACCCUGAGGCAAGGGAAACAUGGAUCUGUCUUCCAGCCUAUUUUAAGUAACACCAUCAUUUCUGUAAUCUUACGUGCAUUACAUGUCAAGCAGGGCAGUGUUUUGUGCUCUGGGUGCUUGUGUUGCCGCCUGCAACAGUAAAAAUACCUUUUUUUGUAUGCUUUUGACUGAAUUGUCCUUUAAAACAAAUUACAAGGACCGUAGGCUGACUCUUCCUGUUAAGGCACUCUUCCAGAAUGUGAAUGGGCCCCACAGUCUGGUACAGAGCAGUGCAGGAGGGGGUCGGGGGGACAUGGGACAUCAUGGCCGAUGGACAGGCAGACGGACGGACGGACAGGUUCAGGUGGCCAGGAUGACCCUCACGUGGGGGAACAGUCUGCUGGCUGAAGCGGCACAGGGAGCGUCUCCUGACUGAUGUCUGUAGACUGCAGUGCGAAAAGCAGCUUUGCAUCAUGGGUGUUGGCUGGACUGAUGUGUCUGGCGGUGAAUAUGAUUGGAUGGUCGUUACUGUGACGUAGAAAGCCACAUCCACAGAUAAUGUCUUCAAGUGGUCACAGCCACUUAAGUGUUAAAUCAUUUAUUUUCCAGAUUGUACCUUGUAACAAAUACAUCAACACAUAGUAAAUCUUAAAAUAAUUACAAUAAAUAACAGAAGGAGAAGGCACUGUACUUAAUAUAUCAAUCAUAAUCCUAUUUAAUUGAUUUGUUCUGGAAUGGAUUGGGUUGUAGUAAUUUUGGCACAAAUGUUUUAAAUGCACGAGGUACUUAGUUCCAAAUGAUUUGUUUGACAUUUUCAGCAACCAUUUUCAAUAUCCACCCCCACCACACUUACCAACCUGCGCCCCCACAAAAAACCGAACCUCUUCACUACAAAUCUCGGAUAACUUUACAGCACACAGCCCAAACAGCUUAGCUUUUACCCUAAUCACUAUUGUAAACUUUUUCAUCAUUCUGUUUCAACUACUUUUUUGACUAGCAUCUACUGUAUAUUAGACAACACACACAUCAAUUACCAAUUUAUUGUAUAAUUAUAUAUUUUUUUAUUAAAUGGAACUGUAAUUUUUGUUACUGUUAUGUCAUUAUGAGGUCAUGAAAGCAUGGUCAGUACGGAUCCUAUGAGUGUAACACAUUUGAAUGUCUGUCUUGCAAAAGAGACAGUAAGAGGCUUUGCUCCAGUUAGCAGCAGCCUUCUCCUGCUGUUCACAGCAUGGCCACAGGGUGGCAGCACAGAGCUGUGCGUGUCCUUCAGCAUUGCAAAGCCAGCGUCUCGCGCUGAUAGGCCACACAGCCCAGUGUCACACAUUAACGGGCCAGGGCUUUGCUCUCACAGGAGCUAAAGGUCACUGAGAUAUUCUGUUUGGACCCCAACCUCCUCAGCACAUCAUUGGCUUGACUCCUGAACACCCACCCACCCUCACAUAGUACACGCUCCAUUCAUACGUUAUGGGUUAAUCAACACGCACCAGUCUCAUCUUCCACUUCUUAGAUUGAUCCAGCAGUGUCAACCUUUAUUUGUUAACUCUGUAUGGAGCCAGUAAAAGUUAAAGGCUGGGUUUGCAGGGUUGUGUUAUAUCACAUUCCGUGUUAUAGUUCCAAAGAGUGGACCGUCAUGUUGUAGUUACUCAGAGAGCACUGCCAUGUUAUAGCGACAGAGAGAGGACUGCUAUUUCACCUUGGAAAGCCAUUAAAGGAAUAAAGACCUUCAAAUAAA